UCUCUCUGAAUGUAAAGCCUUAUUGUUUUAGUAAAUCAGCAGUUUUCUGAAAGUGCUCCUCAGGAACGCUGACGAGAAACCUAAAGACUUGCCAUGUCGUCAUCGCCGUUCCAGCGCGUGCACGUGUCUCCCCAAAGUAACGGGUCUGUUUUCACGUUCCGGAGGCAGGAAAAGAGGAGGAGAAGAGGAGGAGAAGGGAGAAGGAGAGAACAGUGAAAAGCCCUGAAGCCCUGGGAGAGUGGAGAGGCGGUGCAGUUAAAAGCACAGCAGGACACGACAGGACACGACACGAGCGCUGGACUGAAGGAGCAGGACAACUUCAUACCAACCGAAUCAAUUUACACUAUCUCAGCUGAUCUACAGUAUAGAUGUGUGUGAUGAUGAUGGCCAUGCGGUCAUUCUCCAUGUCCGUGGUGGUGUGUGUGUUGGCCAUGUGUGUGUGCCUAAGUAUGGGCGAGCCCAUCACUUUGCGUCUUUCUGGAGAAAAGCGUAAACACUAUGAGGGAAGAGUGGAGGUGUAUUAUAAUGGAGCGUGGGGGACGGUGUGUGACGACGACUUCGACAUCGCUGCCGCACAAGUAGUGUGUAGACAGCUCGGCUUCCUCUCCGCUGUCUCUUGGUUUCCGUCUGCUAAAUACGGCCAAGGAGAAGGUCCUAUCUGGUUGGACAAUGUACACUGUACAGGGAGGGAGGCUUCAGUCUCCGACUGUAUAUCAAACGGGUUUGGGGUUUCAGACUGUAAACACUCGGAGGAUGUCGGAGUCGUGUGUACACAAAAACGCAUCCCGGGAUUCAAACACAUCAGCACUAACAGCAACGAAGUGGAGACUCUGGAAGUGCGAGUAGAGGACGUGCGUAUUAGAGCCACCUAUUCCCAACGUAAGCGUACUCCGAUCACAGAGGGCUUUGUGGAAUUGAAGGAUGAGGGGAAAUGGAGGCAGAUCUGCGACGAGAACUGGACUCAACAAAACAGCCGUGUGGUGUGUGGCAUGUAUGGCUUUCCCGGAGUGAAGGGCUUCAACACUAAAGCCUACAAGCUUCUGUCUCAGCGCAGGAAGAAGAACUUCUUUGGUUUUUCGGUGAACUGCACAGGAAAUGAAGCUCAACUGACUGAGUGCAGGAUGGGCAAGGCACUGAAAGUCGCAAAAAAUCUGAAUGCCACGUGUGCCCAUGGAAUGCCUGCUGUGAUCAGCUGUGUUCCCGGAAGAGCCUUUGCACCCACACAGUCCUCUGGAUACAGAAAGGCCUACAGAGCAGAGCAACCCCUGGUGCGUCUGCGUGGAGGAGCGAAAGCGGGCGAGGGUCGAGUGGAAGUGCUGAAGAACGGCGUUUGGGGAACAGUGUGUGACGAUAACUGGGAUAUGAAAGCCGCCAGCGUAGUGUGUCGAGAAUUGGGCUUUGGCACUGCUAAAGAAGCUCUAACUGGGGCACGAAUGGGGCAAGGAAUGGGCCCGGUACACAUGAACGAGGUGGGGUGCUCAGGGUUCGAGAAGUCCCUGACUGAGUGUUAUUUCAACAAAGAAGCUCUGGGCUGCAGUCAUGAGGAGGAUGCAGCUGUGAAGUGUAACAUCCCUGAUAUGGGCUUCCACAACAGGCUGCGUCUGAGCGGAGGCCGGAACCCGUACGAGGGCCGUGUGGAGGUGCUGGCGGAGAGAAACGGCUCGAUGGUGUGGGGAACGGUGUGCAGUGACAGCUGGGGAAUCAUGGAGGCCAUGGUGGUGUGCAGGCAGCUUGGAUACGGCUUUGCUAAUCAUGCCUUUCAGGAGACGUGGUACUGGCAAACUCAGGUUGGCAGUAAUGCUGUAGUGAUGAGUGGAGUUCGGUGUUCAGGCACCGAGAUGAGUCUGGCUCAGUGUCUCCAUCAUGGGAAACAUGUCAAUUGCCCCAAAGGAGGAGGACGAUUUGCUGCUGGAGUCUCCUGCACUGAGAGCGCUCCAGACCUGGUGCUAAACGCAGAGAUCGUUGAACACACCACGUAUCUGGAGGACCGGCCGAUGUACGCUCUGCAGUGCGCUCACGAGGAGAAGUGUCUCUCCAACAGUGCCAACACAGCAGAUCCGUCCUCGUACCGACGGCUGCUGCGCUUCUCCUCACAGAUCCACAACAACGGCCACAGCGACUUCAGACCCCGCAACGCACCCCAUGCCUGGGUGUGGCACGACUGUCACAGGCACUACCACAGCAUGGAGGUUUUUACUCACUACGACCUUCUGAGUAUGAACGGCACUAAAGUGGCCGAAGGGCACAAAGCCAGCUUCUGUCUAGAGGACACCGAGUGUGUUGAAGGUAUACAAAAGCGUUACGCAUGUGCUAAUUUCGGUGCUCAGGGGAUCACAGUGGGAUGUUGGGACACGUACAGACACGACAUCGAUUGCCAGUGGAUCGACAUCACCGACGUCAAACCCGGAGAUUAUAUAUUCCAGGUUGUAAUUAACCCUAAUUAUGAAGUCGCUGAGUCGGAUUACACUAAUAACAUCAUGAGCUGUAAAUGUCGCUACGAUGGAUAUCGGAUCUGGACCUAUAACUGCCAAACAGGUGGCUCUAGAAGUUCGGAUGUCGAUGAAUUCACAGGAAUAAUGACCAACAGUCUUCAGCGCAGGUAGAAAACCAACCAAAGAGAGGGAAGUGAAGAGUGGAGAGGAGCCCAGUCGGACUUCAAACACGAGAACCAACCACUAUAGGAGGGAUGCCGACGUGACCAUCCUGCACCCGUGAUCACUUUGUUUACUGCCUAUAAGACGUGACGUCUAUCAUUACAUGCCACCUUCACUAGAGCUCUAUACUGGUAUCUCAAACAAAAUACACGAACCGAACAUGAUCCCCAGCUUCUCGACUUCAUAGUAAUUUAUUGUAGUAGGAAACAUAGAAAGGUAGAAAUACUGAGCUUCGAAAGCCAAGUUUGUUUAGAAUGUAACAGAUAUUUUUUUCAUAGUGGUGUCGUACUCAGACUGUUUUCUGUUUUGACGCUUUAAAAUAAAAUGGCCACGAUGUUCCCCCUGUGGCAGAUGUAGUCGAUCAGCUAAGAUACAUUCGCUUCCUUUGUUUUGCGCUGGAUCUUCACUGCUAAUGUAGCUAACAAGUAAGGGAAGCAUUCUGCAAAGUGCUUGAAUAAACCAUUUGCCUGAUAUUAUCAUCAGGAUAAUUUCUAACACACAAUUUCACUCUUACACUCCUGAACCUCAAGCUGGUGCUGCGUUUAACCAAACUGUGAUAAGGCUUCAAAAAAUGGAGCUUUAAAUGUUCUCGUCAUCCUUUUGUUUCAUUUUAUAUAUAUACACCGGUUUGUCAUACAAUGUCAAAAACCACUUGAAACCACACAUGAAAAAAAACGUAGGUGCUGAAAAACUCAAUGGAAUGAUUAACAUAUGCAGUAAGAACAAUGCUAGCAUCUUUAUAACUAGCCAGUGUUAUGCUACACUCAAAAACUGUACUGUUGGCAUCAUAUUUAUGAGAAGACUCCAGAUAAACAGACCACCAGUGUGUUAUUUACCCCAAGUACAAAAAAAACAAAACAUCUGCUAAUUAUUUUCCCUGUUAUUUGAUUAAACACGCCUAAAACAUGUUUACUAGCUAGCUAAUCCUCAGCCAUGGCCGUUAGCUAGUCAAAUUUCUUUCUGAACCUACUGAAGAGUUGAAAUCUUUCCUUUACUUGUUAGCUGAUUCGACGCGGAGCUCCAGUGCAAACGAGUACAAUUCCUGAGUCAAACAGACUCACGUUAUACUAAAGGUAGCUGUAAUGAUGGUGUGACGUUUAAGCCUAAAAGAUGUUUUACUCAAGGUUUACAACCUUUACUUCCACACUCACCUCGUUCAAAUCAGGACACACGUACUGUACUGAAUACAAUGAUCACUUGAAAUGAGCUGUGUGCCAAGAUUAAAGUUCCAUAUCGCAAUCAGGGUUUUAUAAAGAUAAUGGUAUAAUCGUCAACGAUUUAUUCUUAAACAAUUGCAACAAAAACACUAGCAUUUCUGUAUUCAUGGCUAGCACAGUACGCUGUUAUAGCACGAGCUAACAGACAAACCUCAGCGAUCCGAAUGGAACUUUUGUCGAUCUAUGAACCAAAACUUUAUCAAGAUUUUCGCUACACGUCUACUUGAAAACGAACUGUAACGUCGAAUUUCUGACCUCCAGUGAAAUCACGCCCUGCUUACGCCACGCGAUAUGUAGCGCUUUUCUUUCGCAUAUUACUUUCAUAUUUACAGCUUGCUUGUUUUUAUGAAAUUCGGCCGAUUUUAUAAGAAAUGCUGCUCGACAAACGAAACCAUUUUCCACUCAGUCAGAUUCUCUGGCUGAACAGACAAUUCAUCGAGCAUGCCAUGUAAUUUAUUCUCACCAGGGGAUCAGGGAUUAUUUUUUUCUUCUGUUCAUUAUGAUCGAUUUAAAAAAAAGCAAUGUGGAACUAGAAAUCUUUCAUGAACUCGUGCCCCUCCGUUUUAUGAGGGCGUUUACAGCCAUUCGAGAGGUUAACGCAUCAUGAUGUGUUUACUGUUGAAUGUAUGAUUCACAUUGUGCCUUGUGUUCUAUAAUAAAAACAUAUUUAUGAGUCA